CACCUGCGGCUGAUAAAAGCGUUUCCUCUCAGCCGACCCCGUUCGUCCGGAUGAGCCGCGCGGGCCGACAUGGACCUCCGCCGCCUCGUUUGCCUGAUUUUCCUGGCAAGUCCCAGAAUUUCCGGAGGCCAGCUAUUGGGAUGCCGUCAGGGCCAGUGGCAGUGUGAUGAUGGAAACUGCAUCCCUGAUGUGUGGAGAUGCGAUGGAGAUGGAGACUGUCUGGAUGGAUCUGAUGAAAUGGACUGCACUGCACCCCCAGGCUCCCCUGAAUGUCCGCCAGGUCAGUUUCCCUGUGUUGACUCUGUCGGCUGUGUCAAUGCAUCGGCCCGCUGUGACGGGCAAAACCAGUGUCCCACCGGCUCUGAUGAGGAGAACUGUACAGCCACUGAUGGCUGUUUGGACUCAGACUGGCCCUGUCAAAACCACAUGUGUGUCCCCAAAGAGCUGCGCUGCAACGGAGCAAACGACUGCUUGGACAACUCUGACGAGAAGGACUGUGGUUUGUGUGGUGAUGACAGCAUACGGUGUCCUGACGGCACGUGUCUGUCUCCUGAAGAGAGAUGUGAUGGGCAGGUUCACUGCUCAGACGGUAGCGAUGAGCCCAUAACAUGCGGUCGUAUUUGCUAUGUGAACAACGGCGGCUGUAGCCAUGUAUGUGUUGAUGAGCCCUGGGGCACUCUAUGUGCCUGUCCUGUUGGGUAUAAGCUCUCCGCCAAUGGCGCAGUCUGUGAAGAUUUGGAUGAAUGUGCCCCACCUUUUUCUCCCUGUAUGCAUCACUGCACCAACACCAUUGGAUCCUACUAUUGCCAUUGCAGAGAAGGCUUCAAACUGAAUGGAAGGUCCACAUGUCUAGCAACAGGUAAUGCUACCAGACUGCUGACAGUGCAGAGGACAUCUAUAGGACUGCUGAAUGUGAAGUCUCAACAGUUUGAAGUUAUUCAGGCUUCAGUGUUUGACCCAGUGGCCUUGACGUUUGACGUUGCCCAUGGGUGGUACUUCUGGGCUGACAGCCAUGGCAGCAUUUACAAAAGUGAUGGACAGCACAGCUGGACAACCUACACUGGAGAGCCAGGAAUCAAGGGGCUAGCUUGUGAUUGGCUGAAUGGAAACCUUUACUGGACCAAUCAGAAGACAGAGUCUGUCUACAUGCAGGCAGCUGAUGGGAACAGUUACACUACUCUGCUAAGCAAAAACAUCAGCCCAUCAGAUCUGGUACUUAUUCCUGUGGAGAGCUUGAUGUUCUGGAUCAAUGCUUGCCCAGGUAACAGGGUGACGAUAGAGAAGUCAUGGAUGGAUGGGUCAGAAAGAAGCUCUCUGACAGUGCUUACAGCUCAGUCUGCCCAUGGCCUCACUGCUGACGUGGCUGCCGGGAGGUUGUACUGGAUCAGUGACUUCAAGAGGUCUAUAGAGACGGUGAAGGUGGACGGGACCGGCCGUUACUCCUUCACAGGACUGUUCAACAGGAGAACGGCUCUGAGCCUGGCUGUUUUUGAGAGUUUGUUCUACUGGGUUGACGACAGAGGACUGUGGCAGGUUCCGCAGAACCAACCAAACGAGAAGAAAUUUCUUUGGAAAGCUGAUCUGCCACUGUUAACUGUUUACCAUGACCUACAGCAGCCUCAAGGUUCCUCUGCAUGUGUAAAGACUCUUUGCCACCUCUGCCAGCUAACUAAAGGCAACCCUGCUGGAUUCACCUGUGCUUGUCCAAACUUCCAAGUACUGUUGCUUGAUGGGACAUGUGAAUAUCCAAGAUUUAUAUAUGCUACCAUUACCAACGUUAACAUGAUGGAGUUUAGAGGCAAAGAGUCCACUAAAACCCAGCUUUUUACCACAACCGAUGGCAUCCUGUCAUUUGAUCUGGACUGGUACAGAGACUGGCUGUAUUGGGCCAACCAAACUGGCCACAUCCAACGUGCCAGUCUAACCCAGGUCAAGACUGAGGUGGUCCCAACAACUUUGCCAGUUUGUCUGAUCAAAGUAGACCCGAGGAGUGGGAGCCUUUAUUGGGUGUCAUGUGACCAAAACAGCAUCAGCACCACCAAAGCUGACGGCCGUUACCCACGGCAGCUGUACCACACAACAAAGGAGAUUCAAGACUUUUAUCUGGACUGGCUGAGAGGUGGGAUUCUCUGGCUGGAGGAAGAACAAAUCUUCACCAUGAGCAUGAUGGGAGGAAAAGUGAAAGAGUUGCUGCAGUUGGCAGGAGGAGUCAGAGGGAACAUCGCCUUCGACCUCAGGGCCAGCAGUCUGCUCUGGAACUCAAAAAGGGCAGGCCUGACGACAAUGAGUUUGCUGCAAGAGAAAAGCCACCAAGCUGGAAGAAGAUGGAAUAUUUCAGGCUCAGUCGUAGCUGCCUUUGAGCCCUUCCUGUUGUCCCUCUCUGAUGAUGUCAUGACUCUGUGGGAUCGGCGUGAUGGGAGCCCCAUCCAGGACAUGACGGUGACAGGCCAUGUGUUCAGUGUAAUCCCUGCACUGGGGGACAUUCACGCAGUACCAAGUGCUCCAGUCUGCAAUGAACCGUAUGUGCUGUGCCAACACUCAGCAGUCUGCCUUUCACAAGCCCAACUGUGUGAUGGUAAAAAGGACUGCCCUGAUGGAGAUGAUGAGGAUUUUUGUGUUACCACAUGUCCAUCCAAAGAGGAUUUCAAGUGCAAGGACCAUAGAAGUUGUAUCGCCAGGAAUCUCGUUUGCGACGGUCGCUCUCAUUGUCACGAUGGCUCAGACGAAGUUGACUGUCCAACUUUAGCUCCUCCUGCAAAGUGGGCAAAUGUACUGAAGUGUCGCAAGGGUUCAAAGCUGUGUAAAGACGGCACAGAGUGUGUGUUAUACAGCCAUGUCUGUGAUGGAGAGAGUGACUGUAAGGAUGGAUCAGAUGAACUGGCGUGUGAUGCCACAGUACAGACUAUGACUCCAACUAGAUCUACUAUCAAUUCAUCGAGUGAAAUGUCUCCUACCCCACCUCCUGCGCUGAGUUUGCCAGCCUGCAGCAGUCCGUCUGUGCUCUGUCCUUCUGUUCACUUCUGCAUUUCUCCGAGCCAGUUAUGCAACGGCCGUAAAGACUGUCCUGAUGGCUUUGACGAACAGAACUGCGUGAAAAGAUGUCCCUCGAAAAAUGAUUUUCUCUGCAAAGACCGUAGGAGCUGCGUCUCCAAGAGUCUGGUUUGUGACGGUCGCUCUCAUUGUCACGAUGGCUCAGAUGAGGUUGACUGUCCGAGUGUAGCUACCCCUACAGUUCGGAAAAACAUCCUGAAGUGUCGAAUGGGCUCCAGACUUUGCCGAGAUGGGACCGAAUGUGUUCUCUUCAGUCAUGUUUGUGAUGGAGAGAGAGACUGCCGGGAUGGAUCAGAUGAAGAGGGAUGUGAUGCUGCAGACACUGCCACUACCAUUCUUGCAGAAAAUCACAUAAAAAAAUCUCCUGCUACCAUCAAACCAUUUACUGAGCCUUCCACCAAGCCACCCUGUACCAGUCCUUCAGUUCUGUGUCCAGGUUCUUCUUUAUGCAUCGAACCAACACAGCUAUGUGAUGAAAAGAGAGACUGUCCUGAUGGAUCUGAUGAAAAAUGCGUGGAAAGAUGCCCCUAUAAGACUGACUACCGCUGCAAAGACCGUCGGAGCUGUGUCUCCAAGAGUCUGGUUUGUGACGGUCGCUCUCAUUGUCACGAUGGCUCAGAUGAGGUUGACUGUCCGAGUGUAGCUACCCCUACAGUUCGGAAAAACAUCCUGAAGUGUCGAAUGGGCUCCAGACUUUGCCGAGAUGGGACCGAAUGUGUUCUCUUCAGUCAUGUUUGUGAUGGAGAGAGAGACUGCCGGGAUGGAUCAGAUGAAGAGGGAUGUGAUGCUGCAGAGAUUGCCACUAAUGCAGAAAAUCUCAUCUUGAAUAAAUCCCUUGAACCCAUCGAACCAUUUCCCGAGCCUCCCACCAAGCCACCCUGUACCAUUCCUUCAGUUCUGUGUCCACAUUCAUCUGUAUGCAUCAACCCAAAACAGUUAUGUGAUGGAAAGAGAGACUGUCCUGAUGGAUCUGAUGAGAACUGUAUGAAAAGAUGCCCCUAUAAGACUGAGUUUCUCUGCAAAGACCGUCGGAGCUGCAUCUCUAAGAGUCUGCUUUGUGACGGUCGCUCUCAUUGCCACGAUGGCUCAGAUGAGGUUGACUGUCCGAGUGUUGCUACUCCUGCAUCUCGGACUAAUGUCUUGAAGUGCCGUAUGGGUGCAAGGCCAUGUAAUGACGACACAGAGUGUGUUUUAUACAGCCACGUAUGUGACGGAGAGAAGGACUGUAGGGACGGAUCUGAUGAACAGGGAUGCCCAGAAACCUGCAAACAAGGUGAGUUUCAGUGCUCCCAUGGGAAGAUGUGCAUCUCUGCGGCUCAGGUGUGUGACGGGAAGUCACAGUGUCGGGACCAGUCGGAUGAACUGAACUGCUGGGAAAAAACCAGAAGCUGCGAGUAUCGUUGUGCUGACGGCAAGCGCUGCAUCCCAAAGAAAUUCCUGUGUGAUGGAGAGAGAGACUGCCUGGAUGGCACGGAUGAGGUGGGCUGCGACCCUACUACUGCUGCAACAGCAGCUGAGCCUACUGUCCUUACUUCCACUUCAGCUUGCAUUGCUCCUUCAGUUCUCUGCCCAGGUUCAUCUCUGUGUAUCUCUCAAAAUCAGCUGUGUGAUGGACAAAGAGAUUGCCCGAAUGGAUUUGAUGAAAAUGGCUGCGUUGUCCAAUGUAAAAACCCAGAUGACUUCUUGUGCAGCGACCGGAGAAAGUGCAUCCCCAGGAUAGAAGUGUGCGAUGGUCGUGCUCACUGUCCCGACAGCUCAGAUGAGAAGCGGUGUCAAUCAGCAGAUCCUACCGCUCCCUCCUCCAUCAGUGAUCUCAAUGCCAGAUCAGCCCCUCUGAGGUGCCGCAAAGGUUUCAAGCCAUGUAAAGACGGUCUGGAUUGUGUUAUGUACAGCCAUGUGUGUGAUGGUGAGAAGGACUGCCAGGAUGGAUCCGACGAAGAGGGGUGUGCUGCUCGAUGCAAAGCAGGUGAGAUCCAGUGUUCUCAUGGGAACAGGUGCAUCUCUCCAGAGCAGGUGUGUGACGGGCAGUACGACUGUCAGGACCGAUCUGAUGAGAUGGACUGUUCAAAACUGAGUGAGGGCUGCCAUCAGCGCUGUGAUAACAACACUCGCUGUAUACCAGAGACCUUCCUGUGUGAUGGAGAGAGAGACUGCGUUGAUGGGUCAGAUGAGGAAAGGUGUGGUUUGGUGGCCUGUGCGAUUAACCAGUAUCGCUGUGCUAGCGGUCAGUGUGUGUCUGAGGCUCUGAGAUGUGAUGGAUACGCUGAUUGCAGUGAUCACUCUGAUGAGAUGUACUGCACAAGACCCCCACGCUGCCCGACACAACUCCAAUGCCCGCACAGCCACGAGUGCUUGCAGAAAGAGUGGCUAUGUGAUGGUGAGGACGACUGCAAAGACGGGUCGGAUGAGAAGAACUGUGAGACAACACCUGCAAAGUGCAGGGCAUACCAGUGGCAGUGUGGAGACAGCAGUCAGUGCAUUCCUCUGUCAUGGAGGUGUGAUGGGAAAAAGGACUGUCACAAUGGCGUGGAUGAAGACAAAUGCAGCCAAAGAAAAUGCCCCUCUCACCUUUACCAGUGUGGCAGUGGUGAGUGUAUGGAUCCUGGCCUGGUGUGUAACAGCUUCACCAACUGUGCCGACAGCUCAGAUGAGGGCGUGGGAUGUGCUCAACGCAACUGCUCCAGCCCAUCAGCUCCUCGGUGUGACCACCACUGUGUCAGCACUCCAAACGGGCCGAGGUGUUCCUGUGCUGCAGGUUUCACACUACAGUACAAUGGUUUGUCCUGUGUGGACAUUGACGAGUGCAAUGCAACACCCCAUGCCGUAUGCAAACACACCUGCCUCAACACACGUGGGUCCUAUGAAUGUCAUUGCCACCCUGGCUUCUACCUUGAGCCUGACAACAAAAGCUGCAAGAUGAAAGACGAGCCUUUGCUUCUGGCGUCAGUGCAGUCAGAGCUGUUACUACUGGGAGUCCAUAGCAGCACCUUGCGCCUUCUUUACUCUGCCAGUCGGCCGGUCUUCUCACUGGAUUACCACUGGGCACAACAUAGAGUUUACUGGCUGAGCCCCGACUAUCAGAGCAUCCGCUGGGCCGACAUGCGAAACUCAAAUAACAAAGGGACACUUAUCAAAGGAGUGAAGUCAGAUUUUAUCGCCGUGGACUGGGUCGGUAAAAACCUUUACUGGGUGGAUGGACUCGUGGGCCAGAUUCUGGCUGUGAAGCUCAGUGAUGCUACAGUGAGAUCUCAGGACUACACUGUGGUCCUGGGUGAAGAUCUGGAGCAGCCAAGCUCAUUGGUCUUGCUGCCCCACAGGGGUUUGAUGCUGUGGUCUGAGAUUGGCAGCACCCCUCAGAUCGAGCGCUCUGGCAUGGAUGGUUCAAAGAGGAAGGUGGUGGUGAGCCGAAGCUUGAGCUGGCCUGUGAGUUUGGCCUACGACCUCCUGGACAACAGGGUGUACUGGGCCGAUGAGAAACUGCGCUGCAUCGGCUCAGCCUCUCUGGACGGAGACAACAUCAAGAUACUCCAGUUAGCCGAAACUCCAAACCCUUUCUCUGUGGCGGUCUUCAAUGACAGAGUCUUCUGGUCCGACACAAAGAGAAGAACCAUCCGCUCAGCUGAUAAGAACACUGGAAAAGAUCAGAAGGUUCUUCUGAAGAGACCGGGACAGCCCUUUGGACUGAAACUGAUGCAUGCCCUUUCCCAGCCAGCUGUAUCCAGCCCCUGUGAUCAGCUGCACUGCUCCCAUCUCUGCCUGCUGGCCCCAGUGGUGAGGGGCAGGUUUGGAGCACCAGGGUCACCAGGAGCUCCAGUGGUCAGGGGGCUUACGGCGGUUUGUCGAUGCCCAAAGGGGCUGCUGCUUUCGAAGGACAAGAUCACCUGCUCUCUGCCUAUGGAGUCGGCUUUCAUCCUGCUUUUGUCUCGUAUACAAGUCUAUCAGAUUUAUUUGCACUCCAUGUAUCGAGAUGGUGUUGCUCUUAAAAAAAUGCCAACUGGUCGAGUUUUAGCCCUUCCCGGAGUAACUGAGGCCUUGGAUCUAGAUGUGUCCAUCCAGGACCUUUCCCUGUAUGUGGCUGAUGCAGGACAAGGAUCUGUGGACGUGCUGAAACUGAGCAGCUCCAGGUCGAGACAGGGGCUGACACCUGCUGGACAAAUCCUAAAACUGAAGGAUGAUUCGGUCACAGCUAUGGCUGUUGACUGGGUGACCUCCAACCUCUACUGGAGCAGCACCGAGAGGCCUGAUGUCCAUGUGACCUCCCGCUAUGAUGGCUACACCACCUCACUGCUGCAGGGAUCUCUGAAGGGCACCACAUCCAUCACGCUGCAUCCCCCCUCAGGACGACUUUGCUACACAGCAAUAGUCGUGGCAGGUGGGAAGAGCCAGACAGAGGUGAACUGCGCAUGGAUGGAUGGCCGUAACAAAGCAGUGCUGUGGCGGAAGUCCAGCGUCCUCACCUCGCUGGUCUUUUCCAAUAAAGGAACCAUGAUCUACUGGGCUGACACGGGUGAGGGAGUAAUCAGCUCUAUUGGAGUGGAUGGAUCAGGUUAUAAACAGUACAAAACAGGGCCAGGUCUGCUCAUCUCCUUCACACAUACUGAGAACAUCCUCCUCUGGGUCACCCUGGACAAAGAUGUAACCAAACUCUGGUUCAGUGAUGGGCUCCAGGCUAAACAACUGUGGUUUGAGACAAAGACCAGCGUGGUGGAAGUCAGAGCUUACAGCAACAACAGCCAGUCUGGAACGAAUAGCUGCUCCAGCAACAAUGGCAAAUGCGCCCAUCUGUGUCUGCCCUAUCCCGGAGGUCGGACAUGUAAAUGUGGGCGGGCCUUCUACAGCGUCGGUGCCACUUCCUGUGCCCACCUGCCUGACUGCCCCGCUGGCGCACAAUCCUGCUUUGAUGGAAGCAAGUGUAUCAGCAGCAUCAGGUUCUGUGACAGACAUGUGGACUGUCCGGACCAGUCUGACGAGCAGGACUGUCCAAACACAAACUCAGCCUCUGUCGGAACCAAAGCCAGUGAUGGCCAUCUUCCCAAGUCUUUCUCCUCCCCUGACCCAAACACCCAAAAAGACUCUGUUCUUGCAGUUAAUAAAGACUCGACAUCCUGUGACCUCCAACACUGCAAUGGUCAUGGCAAGUGCAUCACAGAGGGCAAAGUCACUCGCUGCCAGUGUGUGGCUGGUUACAAGGGAGAGUCUUGCCAAGAGACAGAAGGUGGACGAAGCCAUGUGGCUGUCAUCCUGGGUGUCUUCUGCCUCAUUGCUGCACUGAUGACAGCUGCUUUUGUUUUUGCUAAAAGGACAGCCUGGGCAUCUGUCAGGCGCAGAUCCACGGAGAAAGAAACUCUGAUGGCCAACAUGGGCCUGCCUCGUGAACACUACGAUUCUGACUCUGAGGAGCUGGAGUCCCCAGUAGAUGUAAAGAACCCCCGGCUCACAUUAAAGUCACUCCAGCCUAAAUAGGCUUCUGGAUUCACUGAAAUGUGGAAAUUUGGCAUCCAGUUAACACCUGACGGCUGAUGCUAGGAUUGUUACACUACAUUUGAUCAGAUACCACAAGUAAUAUCUGAGGAUGCAUUUCAUUGCUUGUGAAUUUCAACAUGCUGAUGCAUACUGUCUUGUAAUAAACGUGAUAUAAGAUGAACCAAUAA